CUUCAACAUCAUCACCAGCAGCAGCAUCGCACGCAGCCCGAUUUAACAAGAUGCGGCCAGAAACCAUGAAUUCGUCAACGAUCUCGAGAAGUGCCAUCUUCGUGGUCAUAAUAAUGUUUAAUUUUUAUAUUUUGACAACUGCGGCGCCCAUUCAAGAGCUGCCGCCUCGCAAAGGCCAUGUGCCCGUCUACAUACGAACGGGAGAUGAGCCAUUGGACCAAAUACAUCCUGGCCUGGCUGAAGCUUUCAAGGAAAGCAACGAGGGUCAGCUCAAGGCAGAGAAUUUAGUCAUCGAAGCUCCCAAAACCGAGGAAUCAUCAAUAGUGGAAGCAUCCAAUGAAAAACCCAAUGGAGAUGUGCAAGGAGAUUUGCCAGCCACUGAAGAAUUGCCAGCUAAUUCAACGACUGAGUCCGACAUUGUCAGUUUUGAACACUUCAAGUCUAUCGGUGGCAAAAAAUAAAUAAUUAAUGCAGUUAAAUAAAUCGAAUUAAAAGCAUUA